CUUCGGAGCCCUCCCUUCUCCGCCAUGAAUUUCGGUUUCACCCAGGAGCAAGUGGCCUGUGUGUGCGAGGUCCUGCAGCAAGGGGGAAACAUCGAGCGCCUGGGGCGCUUCCUUUGGUCGCUGCCGGCCUGCGACCACCUGCACAAGAACGAGAGCGUCCUGAAGGCCAAAGCAGUGGUGGCCUUUCAUCGGGGAAACUUCCGGGAGCUCUACAAGAUCCUGGAGAGCUACCAGUUCUCUCUGCACAACCACCCCAAGCUGCAGCAACUGUGGCUCAAGGCUCAUUACAUCGAGGCAGAGAAGCUGCGCGGGAGGCCGCUGGGGGCCGUGGGCAAGUACAGGGUGCGGCGCAAAUUCCCCCUGCCUCGGACCAUCUGGGACGGAGAGGAAACCAGUUAUUGUUUCAAGGAGAAAUCUCGGAGCGUGUUACGGGAAUGGUACAUCCACAACCCCUACCCAUCCCCUCGUGAGAAGAGGGAGCUGGCAGAAGCCACAGGACUGACCACCACCCAGGUCAGCAACUGGUUCAAGAACCGGCGCCAGAGGGACCGUGCGGCCGAGACCAAGGAGAGGGAGAACAGCGACUGUGGUGCACUGAAGGAAGGAAGGGGCCUUCCGCGAGAAAGACACCUACUCUCCAGCUCCGAUGACGAGAGCUCUCCCAUUGACAGCCCUGCAGCUCAUGCAUCCAGCCCCUCACUGCUCUACUCUGGUUUGCCACUUUCGGCUCCACCAGGAAACUCCAUUCACAACGUCCAGAGGGUAGAUUUUCUGCAGCACCAGCCACUCCACAAUAGUCUCCUGGGGCCUCUCACUUCUACCCUUGUAGAUCUGGGCUCCUGAAACUGAACAGUGGAACACCCACUUCAUCCCCAAUGAACUGUUCCUUUGUUCUCCUUCCGUACUUCUAAGCACUCUCCUGCCCAGCCAGCACAU